AUCUUAAUCAGUUAAAUUGUCAAUGUUAAAUAUUCAAUUAACUAACUCCUUAAGUAUUACAUGAAGGAUUAGGUAAAGUUUAUCUGGACUGCAUAGAAAAUAUUUACGACCUCAAUGUUUGCAGAUCAAAUUUUACUAAAGCGUUUUGAGUGUUAUCUUAUUACCUGUAUUUGUCGUAUUUAAGAUAAAAUAUAUUUAUGAUCUCUAUAUACUUUUGAUAGUGCUCCCGUUUUGUUUUGGACGUAAAAUGGCAGGGAGAUAUAUUUAGAUGACAUUUAAGCUGUCGGAUCAUAUAUUUUGGUAUAAUGGCAGAUAAUAGCACAAUUAAAGCCUUCAGUUCCGCUGGAGUUACAACGGUGGAUUUAGUAGUUAUUGUUAUAUAUCUGUUACUGUGUCUUGCUACUGGAAUAUGGGCGACAUGGCGAACGCAGAGAGGCAGUAUAAGUGGAUAUUUUCUGGCAGGAAGGGAUAUGAUCUGGGUCACAAUUGGAGCAUCUUUAUUUGCCAGUAACAUAGGCAGUGGCAGCUUUGUUGGUUUAGCAGGAACCGGUGCGGCCAAUGGUAUUGCAGUGGCAAGUUAUGAACUCAAUGGUUUAUUUUGUCUACUGUUACUAGGGUGGUUAUUUGUUCCUGUUUAUAUAGCCAGUGGGGUGUUUACCUUACCAGAAUAUUUGAAGAAACGUUUUGGAGGACAAAGACUUCAAGUGUACAUGUCUGUGUUGUCUCUUAUAAUAUACGUCUUCACAAAAAUAUCUGUAGAUAUGUACGCAGGUUCAAUAUUCAUACAACAAGCAGUAGGAUGGGAUCUUUAUACCGGUGUUAUAGUACUGUUGGCUAUCUCAGCUAUUUAUACAAUUUCUGGAGGACUAAAAGCUGUUAUUUAUACGGAUACUCUCCAGACUGUCAUCAUGGUUGCCGGAGCUAUUGUUCUUAUGGUGCUGGCAUUUAUCAAGGUUGGUGGUCUGGAGAAGAUCUACGUAUUAUAUCCUGAAGCAUUACCAACUCCUCUAAUUGAUAAUUCUACCUGUGGUCAUCCAACUGACGAAGCUUUUCAUUUACUACGAGAUGCUGUAACAGGAGACAUUCCGUGGCCAGGAAAUGUUUUUGGAAUUUCAAUACUUAGCUGUUGGUACUUUUGUUCAGACCAGGUUCUUGUACAAAGGUCCCUGGCAGCCAAAAACAUGCACCAUGUAAAAGGAGGUUCAAUAUUAGCAGCAUAUUUGAAAAUUUUGCCACUGUUUACAACAGUGUUUCCAGGCAUGAUAAGUAGAAUUUUGUACACAGAUCAGAUUGCAUGCGUUGAUCCCGCUGUGUGUAAGAUAGUUUGUGACAAUGAAGCAGGCUGUACUAACAUAGCUUAUCCGAAACUUGUUGUUGAGUUGAUGCCUGAAGGACUUCGCGGACUUAUGUUAGCGGCCAUGAUGGCUGCUUUAAUGAGUUCCCUGACAUCAGUGUUUAACAGUUCAAGUACCAUAUUUACCAUGGAUAUAUGGAAGCGUAUCAGAGCAGGAGCUUCUGAUGGGGAAUUGCUAGUUGUUGGGAGAAUAUUCAUUAUUGCUCUGGUGGUAAUUAGCAUAAUAUGGAUUCCUGUCUUACAAGCAUCUCAAGGGGGACAACUCUUUAAUUACAUCCAGUCUGUAACAGGUUAUCUCGCCCCGCCAGUGUUAUCGCUCUUUCUAUUGGCCAUGCUGUGGAAAAGAACUAACGAAAAGGGAGCUUUUUGGGGAUCUAUAUGUGGGUUGAUUGUUGGAUUAGUGCGCAUGGGAUUAGACUUUGGAUAUGGCUCACCAAAAUGUGGAGAAGUAGAUACCAGACCAUCUGUCAUAUCAAAAGUUCAUUUUCUUCAUUUCACUAUAUUUCUGUUUUUCUUCAGUAUGAUUGUAACUAUCGUUGUUUCCCUAGUAACGAAGCCCGUAGACGAAAAACAUCUAAUCAGGUUAACUUGGUGGUCUCGUCAUAGUACACUUACACGAGAACCAUAUCCAGAAGAGAUAUUAUGGGAAGAAAAGUCCGAACGACUUAAAGCAAGUCAAGCAUCAAAGAAAGGAACAACGGAAGAAAUACCUACGUGGCGAAAAGUAGUUUACAUGAUUUGUGGAUAUGAGAAGCCAAAAGAAAUAACAAGGACAGAAGAAGAAAAGUUAGAACAAAUUAGACUGUUAACACACAUUAAAGAGGACCCUAACUGGAAAUUGUUUGUUAAUUUAAAUGCAUUACUGCUCAUGUGUAUUGGAAUAUUCAUGUGGUCAUUUUUUGCGUAAAACAGUGUUACAUGUACGAAACUCGAUACAAAGGAACAUGAAACUUUUAUAAAGUCACUUGUCGUUUGUACGUUGCAACAAUAUUUCAAACCAUGUUCGCUAAUGACAGUGCCGAGACUGGAAACAAGCUUCGAUGGAAUCAUGUUUGGUGAUCUGAAGUGUUUGUGUAUUAUCCUACGCCUUUGCUAUAAAUGAAAUAUGUUACUCAUACACCUACAAUUGUAAUCUUUCUAUUACACGUAUAAACUUGAUUGUAGUAAAUAAGUAUAAUUAGUAUUGUCAAUUGGGUUACCUUUCUUUUACUUUUUUCCUGUUUUUGUUCAGUAUAGGUAUAUUAUUGACAGUUUUCUUCUGUAAAUAAAGUAUAUGUUGAUAUCGUCAUAAGAGAUGUAAUGAGUGUAACCUUAAUAUUUUCUGGAAUUUUUCAAAUAGUAUGGCAUUUGUACUACUUUGAUAACAUAAUAAAGAUAGAUAAUUACGUACUUUA